CUAAAAUAGUAUCUACAUAUUCUUAAUCAUAAUAAAUCAAAAUAAUAUAUAUUAGGAUACGUAUGUAAUAGUUCCCCCACAGGAAGAAUUAGGAAGAAAGACUGUACUUGUUCAGGAUUCAUCAUACAUUCAUCAAAUAGAUUGUUUAUUUCAAAUAAAAAUAAAAAAAAAUUGUUUCAAUUCCCCCACAGGAAGAAUUAGGAAGAAAGACUGAACUGGUUCAUACUAAAAUAAUAUCAAAAUACAUUAAAACGGCACAUAGAAAUUGCAAUAUUGAGAACUACCCCAACACUAGUGGCAACAAAAGAUGAGCCUUCGAAAAAAAAAACUAAAUUUUAGUACAUAAUAAUCUUAUCACAAAUAGACUUAUUUAAAGAAAACACUUGAGAGAAGCAUACAAAGAUAUGUGCAACGAGAAAAAAAAUUUAGAUUUUGAAAGAAUGUCCAUGCGGCAGUCCACAAUUUUUUUAUCACAAUAUUCAAAGAAGUUAUGAGGAAAUAAUCAAUUUUUUCUUAUCAGGGGUUAUCAAACUUUUGUUUUUAUAAAAGAUGUUUGUUUAUUAUUUUUACUAAUAAACAAUAUUAUAAUUUUCAUUUUUAAAUUUUUGAUCCUGGCGACUUUGUUUAAUGUUUGUUGUUUAUUUCAACUAAUAAAUUGAAUAAUUAUUGAUUCAUUAUGUCUCGUGGUAUGAAUGAUGAUGAAAUAUUAGCUGAAUUAGAUGAACUUUUAGCAAAUGCGGAAUCUGACGACGAUUUUGAAAUUGAUGGUAAAUAUUUUGAUUAUUAUUAUUUUCUUAUUUACAAUAAGGGAAUAAGUUAUAGGUAGUCAUCAUAGAAUCAUUAUAAUAAUGAUUGCUUUAGUAAUUAUUACUUGUAUUUAUAAAAGGCAAUAAAGUAUAUCCUACAUAUUAUUGUAGUGUAAUACUGGUAAAUAAUACUGUUAUUCUAGUUAAUUUAUUUUUUUUAUAUAUUUACAUAGAUAUGUUUCCACAUGAUGACAUACAAACUUUGGAUACUCAGUGUGAUGAUGAUGAAAUAUUUGAAAUGGAUAUUGAACCAGUUCAAUAGCCUACUACAUCAGAUAUACAACCAAUUACUUGUACUCAAAGAUCAAAAAAAAAAAAAACUAAAAGUAAAAACUAAACCAAAAGCAAGAGGUAGAUUGACUACACCAAAUUUCAAAUGGAGAAGAGGACCAUUUCAACCCAAAGUUCAUCAUUUUGACCCAAGUGUAAGUGGUAUAAAAAAAAUUGAGUUUGAUCUUAAUGAAAAUUCACCGAUUAUUGAUUUUUUUGAAUCAUUUUUUACACCAUCACUGUUGGGUAAAAUAGCAUUUGAAACAAAUCGAUAUUAUCAACAAAAUACAGAAGACCAAGUACUAGGAGACCGUGAUAAACGUUGGUAUGAUACAACAUCUGAGGAAAUGUAUGAGUAGAAACAGAUAUCAGAUUCUACUUCGGUAUUUCCACUUUACCAACAAUGAUCAUCAAGUAGCUGGUGAUAGACUGUACAAAAUACAA